UGUCCUUCCUUCCUCUACACUGUGACAGCCUAAAAGAAACCAUAUUUUAGUUUAUACUAUUAUAAAAUACUUUAUAUUAUUGAUUUAAAAUAAUAAUAAUAAUAACAGCAUAAAGGAAUACAUUUGCAGUGGAAGAAAGCAAAGAAGCAAAAUGACAAAGGGAAACGAACAGCGAGUUGUUAUCUUAGGCGGCGGUAUCGCCGGUUCCGUCGUCGCUAAAUCUCUUCAAUUCGAUGCGCAUGUCACCCUCAUUGAUCCGAAGGAAUAUUUUGAGAUUUCAUGGGCAAGUUUGAGGUCAAUGGUGGAGCCGUCCUUUGCAGAAAGGACAGUGAUAAACCAUAGAGAGUAUUUCACAAAAGGUGACCUUGUUACGUCCAGUGCUGUCAAUGUGACGGAAACUGAAGUUUUGACUGCAGACGGUCGUCGGGUUCCGUAUGACUAUCUUGCUAUUGCCACUGGUCAUGCAGAUCCUGUGCCCAAAGUUAGGACUGAGAGACUUCAUCAGUAUAAAGAAGAAAAUCAAAAGAUAAAAUCUGCUCAUUCCAUUCUGAUUGUUGGAGGAGGUCCAACCGGUGUGGAACUUGCUGGAGAGAUAGCUGUUGAUUUUCCAGACAAGAAGGUUACACUAGUGCACAAAGGACCAAGACUGCUGGAAUUUGUAGGGGCAAAAGCUGCUGAUAAGACUCUAAAAUGGUUGAAAUCUAAGAAUGUUGAUGUGAAACUAGACCAAGCAGUUGACUUAAACAGUGCCUCAGACGGACACAAGAUAUAUCGAACUUCAGUUGGUGGAACUAUUGAAGCAGAUUGCCAUUUCUUAUGUACAGGAAAACCACUUGCUUCGGCAUGGCUUAAGGAAACUGUGUUGAAAAAUGACUUGGAUGCUCAGGGAAGGAUUAAGGUAGAUGAAUACUUGAGAGUUAAGGGCCGGAGCAACAUUUUCGCAAUUGGAGAUAUUACAGAUAUUCCGGAAAUCAAGCAAGGGUUUUUAGCACAGAAGCAGGCGGAAGUGGUUGCGAAGAACGUACGGUUGAUGAUAGAAGGAGGAAGAGAAUGUCGGAGGGAAACUUACAAACCACAUUCGGUAAUGGCAAUAGUUUCACUUGGGAGGAAUGAUGCAGUUGCACAGUUCCCAUUCCUAACACUAAGUGGAAGAAUUCCUGGCGUAAUAAAAUCUGGAGAUUUAUUUGUUGGUAAAACAAGAAAACUAAUGGGUCUCAGUCCUCAUAUUGUAUAAACUUGACUUGAUAUUAUUCACGCAUGGUAUGCAUAAAUCAAUCUGAUUCAUAGUUUGUGUAAUAAUAUGUAAUUUAUCUGUAUAUGCGACUGAGAAGUGGUGUUUCUUGACAUGUAACUGUGUAAAAGUUAAAAACUGGAAGCUGAUGUUAAUGAUGCAUUAUUGUGGUAUUGACAUAUUUGGUAUGACAUAAUCGUUUUAAAGAA